GCGUUGCGCGGCCCGGGCCGGAAGUCGGCUAGUUCCCGGGCGUGUGUCUGGGUUUGUGUCUCCUGGCGGCGCGCGGCCGCUGUCCGCCUCUGGGAGUUUCCGUCUGAGCACUGCUGUCACUACCAUCAGCUAAAGCAGCCACUUCAAGAGAGGAGUAGGCCCGGCCCUUCGCCGGGCGAAGAUGUUGCCCCUGUCCAUCAAGGAUGAUGAAUACAAACCACCCAAGUUCAAUCUGUUUGGCAAGAUCUCCGGCUGGUUUAGGUCUAUCCUUUCGGACAAGACGUCUCGGAACCUGUUUUUUUUCCUGUGUCUGAAUCUCUCUUUUGCUUUUGUGGAACUACUGUACGGCAUCUGGAGCAACUGCUUGGGCUUGAUCUCGGACUCGUUUCACAUGUUUUUCGAUAGCACUGCCAUUUUGGCUGGAUUGGCAGCUUCUGUUAUUUCAAAAUGGAGAGAUAAUGAUGCUUUCUCCUAUGGGUAUGUUAGAGCAGAAGUUCUGGCUGGCUUUGUCAAUGGACUUUUUUUGAUCUUCACUGCUUUUUUCAUUUUCUCAGAAGGAGUUGAGAGAGCAUUAGCCCCUCCAGAUGUACAUCAUGAGAGACUGCUACUUGUUUCAAUUCUUGGAUUUGUGGUAAAUCUAGUAGGAAUAUUUGUUUUCAAGCAUGGAGGUCAUGGACAUUCUCAUGGCUCUGGCCAUGGGCACAGCCAUUCCCUCCUCAAUGGUGCUCUGGAUCCCACACAUGGCCAUGGAGAUCACUGCCAUAGUCAUGAACUGAAACACGGUGCUGCCCAUAGCCAUGAUCAUGCUCACGGCCCCGGCCAUGGCCACGGCCACUUCCAUUCUCACGAUGGUCCCUCCUUAAAAGAAACAACUGGACCCAGCAGACAGAUUUUACAAGGUGUAUUUUUACACAUUCUGGCAGAUACACUCGGGAGUAUUGGUGUCAUUGCCUCAGCUAUCAUGAUGCAAAAUUUUGGUUUGAUGAUAGCAGAUCCCAUCUGUUCUAUCCUUAUAGCCAUACUUAUAGUUGUAAGUGUUAUUCCUCUUUUAAAAGAGUCUGUUGGGAUAUUAAUGCAGAGAACUCCUCCCAUGUUGGAAAAUACUUUGCCUCACUGCUAUCAGAGGGUGCAGGAGUUACAGGGAGUUUACAGUUUACAAGAACAACACUUCUGGACCUUAUGUUCUGAUGUUUAUGUUGGGACUGUAAAAUUAGUAGUAGCACCUGAUGCUGAUGCUAGGUGGAUUUUAAGCCAAACACAUAAUAUAUUUACUCAGGCUGGAGUGAGACAACUUUAUGUACAGAUUGACUUUGCCGCCAUGUAGUGAAUAAAAUUACUCUUUUUGGACCAAAUUCUUCUGGUACUGUACAAUCUAAAACAUUGUACUCAGCUCUUUAAAAUAGAGAAAUCAUCAGAAUUCUUAGCACCAAGUGACCAGGUAGUACUCUGUGGGGAGUUCCCAGCGAAGGGGUCACAGCUAAGAGGUUCUCUCCUGGACUUCGGGUCUUGUCUUUUGUGCCCUUCUCCCCAAGCCAUUCUUCAUUCUGAUCUCUGGGGUUUCUGGUUUUGUUCAAGGGUGUUGGCUUGUCCUUUUAUGGGGGAGGGAGGGAGGUUUCAUGCCAAAUGCCCCAUCCCCUCAUCCCUGUCAGUGAGGAAUUUAGACUGUGGGCCUCCAACCAUCUGGAAUAUCUUCAUGGAAGCUGCUAGAAAUCACUGCUUUUACUCCCACAAAACCAGUGUUUAUUAAAAAAAUUAAAAAGUUACGGAAAUCUGUUUAUAUGUAAUGUCACGGUUGUUGACGUUCUUCAGUAUAAUUAUAUGUUUGUAAAAUUGUUUGUACCUUGCAAACUUAUGAACCAAACCAUAUUGGGUUUUCAAAGUGCCUUUGUAUCAGGAAAUGUAUUUGCCAGCAUAGAGUUGUACCAUCACAGGUCAUGUAUUUUUUUUUAAAUGACUACUCUGUAAUCUGUACAAAAUCAGACUCUUGCUAGUAUACAGAUUGUCAUUUUGUAUACUUUAGCAUAGGUUUAGAUAUAUGAAAAGUUUUUUUUAUUGUUUUAGCUCAUCAAAGAAUGUGUUAUCUUGCUUUUUAAAACAAAUUCAGUAAUCAAAUUAAAUUACUUUGUGAACUGUGUUUUUAAAACUUUACAGAUGCUUUCAUUAGUGAGAAAAUUGUUUUGAUCUGUAUUGCUAAAUUCCAUAUGUCUAUAAAAGCUCUGUCUGUGAUUAAUUUUUCUACUGCUGUCCUUGCCAUCUUUAUACAUUUUAUUAAUGACCAGAAGAGGAAUUGUAAACUGCAGGCAAAAAUGGUUGUGACAGUGUUACUUUGUGUUUUCAUUCUUCAAAUGCCAAGUCAUACAUAUAUUUUCCUGUUUAAACUUUGCAUGAAUACUGCUACCAUUACUUUUAGGAGUCCUGUAUCAGCAUUUGAUUGAGUUUGAACUUCUAAAGUUAACACAGAUACCACAGAAGUAAAAAAAAAUAGUCUAGGUUCUUAAGAUAUUUGAAAAAUAAAAUUGCAAUUUGAAAUGUUAAAUGCUUGAACACUUUUAAGUAUCUCUGUAUUUUAUGAAAAAAGGUACUGAUUUAGAUACAGAGUUUCCCAUUAUGCUUCAUUUUAUCAUAACAGACAAGUUUAAAAAAUUGAAAUUGUUAAGGAAAAGACCUUUUUAGGGUAAAAAUGACUGAUUAGAAUAUAGAUGAGUAAAAAGUAGUUUUUUAAAAUAAGGAGAUAAUUUCAGAAUGCAGCACAGAGUAGGGCCUUAUGGGGAAAGAUAAGACUUCCAAGUCAGACUUGUCAUCAUGUCUACGUUGAGAAGAUAAUUUCAAAACUGUUUGCUCACUGCCUGGCCAUUAUAAAAUUAAGAAUCUGUGCAGUGAAUUGUGUUUAAUUGGGAUAAAUGUCGAGGUCUUUUAAGCGGGAAAGUACAAAAGCAAAUGACCUGUUUACCAGUAUUCCUUUUCAUAACAGGAAGUCAUUUGGAAAUUUGAACCACUACCAAGUCUGAUAGAACUUUGGGUUAUUCCAUGGGUUUGGCAUAUUAUAGAAAAUAACAGGUUAGCUGAAGGCAGAGAUAUUGGAUGUGUGUCUUUACAAACUAAUUAUGUGUAACUAUAUUGACAUUUUACAUAUGGAGAUAAUUAUUAUGUGUUGUAAAACUUAUUAGUACAUUGGGGCUGGGGAUUUAGCUCAGUGGCGUAAGCACCUGCCUUGCAAGCAGGCAGUCCUGUGUUUGAUCCCCGGUAUUAAAAAAAAAAGUGUAAAAAAAAAAAAAAACUUACUAGUACAUCUUAGAAACCCAUUUCUGCAUUUUAUUGAGUCCUCCAUUCCAAGUGAAGCUUGCCCCAAAGUAUGUUAUCACUUCAUUUUGCUCCUCCCAUACUGUGCAAAUCCAUGGAUUUUUUUUCCUUAACAUGGCACAGUGUUUGGUAUAACAGUAAUUCUGCACUUGUUACCAAGAGAUCACUUGUUAUAUUAUUUAACAGGUUGGCAUUAGCAUGCAUGUACAACAGAAAAAAAAAAAAAUCAGUGAGGAAGAACAACUACUUUUCCCUGGAAAUUUUAUCUUACUGUUCCUGGCACAGAUGUAUCAGUAAAGUAGAUAUUUCAUUGAGAAACACCACCUGAUAGGGUUAUAAGUAAAUUUAGAAUUUAGGGUUUCUAAUACUCAGCUACCUCUUACAAAACAAAAUGUAUAUCAGAAUGUAAAUUUGCCAAUAUUUUAAAUACCCUUGAGGGAAAAAUUUGUAUUGUUCAGAGGAAGUUUACUGUAAACUUUCUUAAACAGAAAUACACUAUUAUUUUUCAAAGGCCAUUGUAUUACUCAAGUUGCAGGACUUAACAUAUGUGCAACUUGCUCAUGUUUGCUAACUCGUCAUGCAUCUGUGUGAGGACAGUACCUCAUUUAUUUAUUACUGUUUCUGGUGUCAUCAUCAGUGCCAUUAGCAUGCUGCAGAGGCAGAAGACAGUGGUGACAGAUCAGUGCUUCAGCAUUCUCCAAAGCCUGCACAUAGACACCAUUAACCCAAAUACUGUGACUUUUAUGCACCUCUCCAAAGCACUCAUAUCAUUAACUCAAAAUGCUGCUUCAAUAAGUUAUCCGCUGUGGAGUAAGUUUUUACAAAACAUAGAACAGUGGGAUUUAAAAGCAUUCCAUUGCUUAACACACACAGCUUAGCAAGGACCAUGCUUUGAAGUAGAUCACAUCUGUCAGUUUACAGAUGAAAAAGUGGAAGCCCAGAAAAGCUGUUGCUUACUCAAAGUCACAGAGGUGAUCAGUCUGCAGCAAAGCCAAGGCCAAAAUUCAGACUUUACGACUCCAAGUCAGUACUGUAGUUCUUUAUUGUGCUUUUUUCCCAGUGUACUACUUGCUUUUCUAUAAAUGUGGGUUAAAUAUUGUUUGUAAAUAAAGGACAUGAUGACCUCCAUUUUUAGUACACGAAGGCACUUUAUAAAUGGGAUAUUGUUGCAUUCAUAACUAAUUUUGAAGUUGAGACUAUUUACUUUAGUACUUUUUGAAAUUUUUAAAAGUUUAGGGGCUGGAGGUUUAGCUCAGCGGCAUAAGUGUCUGCCUUGCAAGCAGGCAGUCAUGAGUUCGAUCCCUGGUACCGAUAAAAAACGAAAAAGACAAAAAAAAAAAAAAAAAAGUUUUUUUACUCUUGUGAAGCCAGUUCCUGAUUUAAAAGAUAAAUAAGGAUAUUUGAUUUGUACAACAUAUUUUAACAUGUGGGUGAAUUUUUCUGUUAACUAUUCAAGUCUCAUAAGCACUGCUUAGUUUCCUUAACUUUUUUUUUUUUUUUGUCUACAAGGUGAUACUUUUUAGAAACCAGGUUAAUUCAGGUCCUCCUAUCAUUUCAGUCUUGCCACUUUUUUUUUUUAAAUCAUUGUAAAGCUUUCUUACUCUUCAGAUUCUCAAAUCUGUGCAAAAAUAGGCACUAAAUAUUCUAUUGAAUGAAUCUUAAUUCAAUAGGAUAAGGUUUGAAGUUUUAUCAGAAUCCCACAUGCUAUUUUCAACUCUUCAGACUUUUUUCCUUUUUAUGAAAACCUUGGGAAACAUUCAUUACAAGUUGUAUCAGUGGAGGACUGUUUCAAGAUAUGAUUUCCUUUAGAAGCCUUGAGGUUUCAGACCUUUACCAUAAAAUAUAAUCAAAUUCAAAGACAAUGAAAACUUCUGUCAAGUAACUUGAUAGAAAAGUACAAGCUAUUUAAUAGCUAAAUAGAUGGAACCCAUUUCAUUAGUGCAUCUUUGGUUUAUGAUUACCCAUUUUCUGACUUUGAAUUAUACACAUAGCAAAUAAAGGGAAUAACCUGUACUAAGUGCAUGUUAUGGCCUUUCUCACAUUACCACUCUUAAUCUUCACAUAUGUAUUAAGAAAAAUUUUGAAUGCUUUUAUGAUUGACAAUAUUUCUGAAUAUAUUUUCUGAUUCUUGUAACAUCAUACAGGAGGAGGAAUUCUUACUCCUUUGUUCGAUCAGUAAGCUGUGCCAAGAGACUGAAAUGAUAUUCCUGACAGAGUGAGCCACAGAUAAAACAGUCACUCAAAUCCAGUACCUUUCCUGAUGACUGUUACGUAUGUCAUUCAGCUAACUCAGUGGAGCAUUGCCCUAGUAUGCACAGGGCUCUGGGUUCAAUCCCCAGUACCACCAAAUUUUAAAAAAAAAAAAGCUUUAAUUCUAAGCACUCUCUGCUAGAAAACUGAACAGUUAGCAAAAGAUGGUACAGGUUCAACAGUUGUUAUAACCUAUUUAGACUCACUUCAUUUUUCUUUGCAUUCUUAGGCAUAUUUCUCAUCUUUGCCAUUGAUCUAAAACCAUGCAGAGUAAAAAAACUAAUCAGAACUCCUUGUGCGCUUUUAAAACCAUUUUGAAAAUGUGCAGUUUUGUUAGCACUCAAGAGUAACUGCCUAAGUGACCGGCUCCCAAGACGGUGCCCAUGGCAGCAUGAAGAAGUGAACACAUGUCUCAGACACUAACAACACCAAUAGAGAACUGUCUUCCAAGAGGGACGCAUGAUUUUGUGCUGCAGGAAAAAGAUUAGGAUUUGAUUUAGAUUAUACUUUAUAUCUAUCUUUUCCAAACAUUUAUUUCAUAAAUAAAAAUAUAUAUCAUAGUUGCACAACAGCUUUGAAAAUUUAGUAUUUGUAAUUUCGAUCAUGAUAUAAAGGAGACUAUAUUGGUCUUGUACAUUCCAUUAGCCCCAAAUGGAGCAUGAAUUUACCAUGACAUGUUCACUGUUUCAUUACUAUAGAUAGUAGUAGAUACAAGUAAGGGAGAAAAACCAGUAAUUUACUUAUUUCAGAAAACACCUCAGAAUUUCUUUGGCAUUUUUGCACAAGUAGUACAUUUGGCUAUUUUUUUUUUCAAGUAUCCUUUGUGAGCUGCUCAUUCUUUCUAAUAUAUAAACAGUGAAGAAUGCAAAUGUUUGCUGGUUUGCAUAUUGUUGGACAGGAAUUUGGCAGAAUUGGGUGUUUGCAACCUAGGUAACUUGAAUUUUUGUAUUUUGUAUAACCAAAUCAAGAGUUACAUUGUCUCCUUAGUUUUUCUGGAAAAUUGUCAUAUUCAUAGUACUUUAAGUACCUAUAUAAUCUGCUAUGUUAUCCCUAUAUAAUCUGCUAUAUUAUCAUCAAAACCCUUUCAGGGGUAUUUCUUGAAGGUGCUUCUAUAACACUAUAUUAAAUGAUGUCAAUAUUAUUAGAAUACUUUUUUUGGUCUUAUUCUUCUCCAAAUAUUAAAUUUUAGUAGGACAUUCCACUAUUCACUCAAAUUUUCUUUUGUUUCUUGCAUGGUAAAACUUCCACUUUAAAGUCUGUUAAGUAAUUUCAAUGCUUCUCUAACAGCAACUACUUCAGUGAUAUUUUUCCCACUUGUGAAUUUUCCCCCAGCUGUCUCUAGUUUGAUAAAUAAACACAAUGCGUGUUUAAUAGUAGAAAUAUUCUGAAUGGGAAAAUGCCAGAUACAUCCCUUAGUAUGUACAACACUUUACCUCCCUACUUUUAGUGGUUUUUAAACGUACAGUCAGGUAUGGGUUUGGGUUUGAUUCCUUGGGUUUGUUUUGAUAGCAUCAAAACAUUUCUAAAAAUGUGUAAGAGUAAAUGGGGAUGUCACAAUGGAGACACUACUCAUUUGGUUAGAACAGGCUAAUGUAGCUGCUUAUGAUUUGCCCAAAUACAAAAAAUCUGGGUGUUUCAUCUUUUCUACUUGCACACAUUCACAUAUGUAUUUUGCCUUCAAAUGUAUUUUAAAAGAAUCAUGAGCAACUGUACAAAAUUCUUUUUAAUAAAGUUUUUUUUAAAAUA